AUGGGCUUACACAAACUGCCAGAGCAGCCUGAAAGAUCAAAAUCAGAGAUUCAUCCAGAACCUCGUUCAGGCCGAGCCUCUCGUCGAUCAUCAGCCGAUGAAUACAAUGCCCAUCAUGGCUCUCAUACCCGAUAUGCUUCAGAAGGGCACUUGAAUUAUUCUACACGAAUCAUUCAACGUCAAUUACUCAACAACAGCCCUGUCUCAGUUAUAUUUCGACGUCCACGCAAUCAAAGUGCUUCUAUGUCUGAGAUCCAGGCUGAGGUGUACCGUCUUUUGAAAGCGAUAGAAAAGGACUGGACCGAUAUCGACAAUACGCGCUUGCAAGGCGACGUUGCCACCCUGAAGCUCGCGGAAGACGUGAGGACCUAUCUUUCUUUCAUACUCAAAAUACAUGAAAACAGUCAACCCUGUUUCCUGCCUCGAUACCAGCGCGAUGUUGUCCCUUUUCUUAUAUGUUUUCCUCUUUUGACAUUCGUCGCACUCUUUUCUGUUAUUUUCGACGGCCUUGUGUCUUUAGCAUCAGGUCUAAAUGAUACUCUGACUUUCCACAGUCUGCUCUUCCCAUCAGCUGUGGUCAGUGGAAAUGACCACGAGUUUCCAGAGAUCCUAUCGAAAUACGCUCAACAGUCUCGCAAUUGGCGCCACCUCAUGGAUCGCUUGCUUCCUCUUUUGCGUUGUGAACAAGAUUUCCGGUCUUCGCAGCAGCUUCUUGAGGUAACGAGCUUAUGUUCUGCCCUUUUUGACUCGUUACGGAAAAACGGCUCGACCUUGGAUCACGUAGAUGCGCGUCUUAUGGGAGCACUUCAGAGAAUCGAGGAAACAUUGGAAAGGUUGAAACGGAGAUUUAGGCGAAAGCUGGAUGAACCAAAUCACACAUCUGGGCCGACCGAGCUCAUCUUUGAGUUUCCGGAUAAUAUCAGACAUGUCUGUACGACGAUGCCAUGGACUAUUCGUCCAGCGCUAUUAGUCUUGUGGGGCGUCUGUUGGAUGUUCAUCAUCGGUCCUGGCGAUGGAGAGCCUAAGGGGCUCAAUGCGUCUUUUCCGACAUGCUCACCUCUACCGAUCGAUUUUUACUUCUCUGGCGAUAUUGGUGUCACUAGCUAUACAGCUGGAUUUGAAGACUUUCUUAUCCCAGAUCUUAGCAACAUAGGGCAUUGCAAUGGGCCAGAUGUUGCUGAAUUUCUAAAUGGGGACAUAGGAUCAAUCGGUGAUCAGAUCGAUUCUAUGUACUUUGCCCAGGCGGCCCCGCAAGAUCCAGAUUUCCUGGCGCUUGAUGUUUUGCAAAAGAGCAGUUCAGGGGAUAUCCAGCGGUCUAGGAAGGAACCUGGCAAACUCAAUGGAGUGCUACCACCUGCUGUCACUGCAGAUUUAAUACUACAGAGCUAUGGUGAUGCCAGCCGCCAAGAGCCAUUCAAACCAGCGGUUAAUGUUGCAUUGGUUGGUCAGGAAAAUCAAGAUGCUUGCAGUAGCCAGAAGGGCAAAACUCGCUUUGCAUGCCACGAAUGCCAGCAGACAUUUGCGACGUCCUUUACUCUGAACCGGCACCAGUUAGAAGCGCACAAAGAUGCAUCAUCCAUCCCUGAGGAGUCGUUCCCAUGCCCUAAUACAGGCUGCAAGAGGUCCGAAGGGGGACCGCAGUUCAAACGUCUUUACAACCUGAAAAGACAUCUUCAAGUUUGUAAACAUGAUCCAAAUGUUUCAACCUUUUCGGCUGAGUCGGACGGAACAGAAGAGCAACCGUUGUCUCAGCCAACUUCAACACCAGCCUUACCCCAUGAACUGCAGCCUGCGGAACCACCAUCAGAGGAGGCAUCCGAAGAGAGUAGCGUCAAGAAAAGGUUGAGGUCCGAGAGCGAUGCUGAACUGAGUGACGAAUCUUUACUGAGAGAGAUGAGGAAGAAGUUUAAGCGAAUGGCUCAAGAGGUCAACGAGAAGGAAGAUGCAUAUCUGCAAGCUUUGGAGGGCCUGGAGUCCUUUGGAAAGACCAUCCAAGUCCUGGAGGAUUCUCUCCGGAAGUCCUAG